GGUUGCAUUAUAGGAGCUUAUGAAUGUAGUUAAAGGUCGGCUGGUUGACGUAUCCUUAGCUCAGUUUUGCCGGGACAGCAGCUUAGAUAUCAGGAUGUUGGUCCUGGUUCAACUCAGUUUUCUUCUAGUUCUAGCUGCUGGAGAUCCUUCUCUUUCCGGCACAGCUCUCAGAUCUGAAAUAGAAGAUGCUGCACGAGAUAGUCGGCAGCUAGCAGAUGAUCUGGCAGGUAUGCUGGCCAGGUUGGAGGGGGAGGAGGAACAGGAGGAGCAGGUUCAGGUUGAAGUUCUAGAAGAAAACUCCGAGGUUGAAGAAGCACUGAAAGACAUGAUAGCCAGGAUUGAAAAGUUAGCUGAGAUCACGGAAAAGGGGAGCGAUGGAAAUCUUGAAGUUGAGAAGGAGAGAGCUGAGGAAGAAGAGCUUAAACAAACCUUGCAGGAGCUGGAGACUGUAGCAAAGGAAAUUGAGAUAGUUGCUGCUACUAGUGAUGGCGCUGAUACUGCAACCAUAGAACAAAUGGCAAAGAUCAUUCAGGAGGUGUCUGGUAGGAUCAAGGACGUGGAAGAGUCCAGCAAGCAGGAGAAGAAGGAGGAGAAGAAGGAGGAGAAGAAGGAAGAGAAGAAGGAGGAAAAAGAGAAAAAGAUCCUUGAGAUAAAGGAUCUUCUAGAUCAGUUCAGUAAUUACGAGGAUGAACCCAUCAAAUCAACAACUUCAACUUCAGAUGAUGUUGAGGACUAUGAGGAUGAUGAGAAUGAUGACGACGAUGAUGAGAAGGGGGAGGAAACUGAUGGGGAUAAAAAGGUUGCAGAACUUCUUAAAGAUUUCCUAAGCAAAGAUAAGAAAACUGAGAAGGAUCCAAGGAAACCCAAACAGCUUGAUGAGGGUUUGUUAGAAGAUGUUUUCUACGAUGAAGAUGAAGGAUCUCCAUCAGACCAGAAUCAAGACGUAAACGAAGAUGAAGGAUCUCCACCAGACCAGAAUCAAGAAGUAAAUGAAGAGGUGGAGGAGAGAAACGAAACUAAAGAGGAGAACGUAGGUUCUGACGGAAAUGAAGUUUACGGUUCAAGUUCUAAGGUUGAGUCCACACCUAAAAAGAUUGAAAAAGAAGAACCCAAGGAGAUAUGUGAAACCGUAAACCAAUCUAACAGAGCACAGAUUUGUACCCCAGGGUUUAAAAACAAGGAUUCAACUGUUCAGUUCUAUACAUACAAACCAGUUCAGUCUCAAUACUGCUUCAAUGUAACUACAACCGUGUGUGAAGAACGGAAGCAGAGUGUUUCGAAGGAAAUAUGUGUUUAUGAGUAUCAACAAAAAGAAGUAAUUGCUCCAGCUCAUCUUGCAGAGAUUGGAUUUGAACGAAAACUUGAAACACUUUCAAUUUCUAAAUGUGAAAAGAAAUAUGUAAAAGAUGGAUACAAGGAGAAAGAAGAAGAAAGCUGUUAUCUAAGCCCUGUUGAUGUACCAUACAGACUUCCUACAGUUACUGCAAGAAUUGAAGAUUUCAUUGAGCUUUCAGCUCCGGUCCCAGAGAAGCACUGCAGGCUUGUCAAAUAUGAUGUUCCUGAAGUAGUUUGCAAGGAAGUAGUAAACAAGGAGUGUGUAACCCUGCAGCACCUGGAGAAGGACAGUGUGAAAGGAGAAGUCUCAAAUGUCGUCUUAGAUCCUAGAGGAGAUUGUGAAUAUAGAGAACUGGAACAGGAAACUCAGGUGUGUACUCUGGAGCAAACUGUUAUCCGUCCUAGAUACUCCAACCUACCUCAGUAUGCAGGAUACAGUGGGUAAUCUAGCCCGAAUCCUGACAUGGACCAGGUUAACAUAGAUCACAACCAGGAACGAAGCAGGAUAACCUAGCUCACAACCAGACAUGGACCAGGGUAACCUAGCUCACCAGAAAUGGAGCAAAGUAACCUAGCUAACAACCAGACCUGGAGCAGGUUAACCUAGCUCACAACCAGACAUGGAGCAGGGUAACCAGCUCACAACCAGACAUGGAGAAGGGUAACCUAGCUCACAACCAGACAUGGAGCAGGGUAACCUAGCUCACAACCAGACACGGAGCAGGGUAACCUAGCUCACAACCAGACAGAAAUCACCCUUAGGUCACCACACCAGACAUUGAGCAGGGUAACCUGGCUCACAACCUGGCAUGGAAUUGGAACAGUUUAAGCUAACUCAAACCCAGACCUGGAUCAGGGUAACCUAGCUCCAAACCAGACAUUGAAAAAUGAUCUUUCUGCAUGAUAUGUGUCUUCUCAGGUCCAAGGUUUGCAAAACAUUAAACUUGCUCCCUAUAUAGAGGAGAAUAGAAGGAAUGAACUACUCCCUGAGCUGAAGAA